AUGGCGGAAUCAACAAAGACUGCUAUCAUCACAGGGGGGCUGUCAGGAAUCGGCUUGGGCCUGGCCCGGCACUUACUUUCCAAGGCGAAUUGGCGGGUCGUUAUUGCGGACGUCAGGCCAGAGGCGUAUACAGCCAUAUCUUCAACUCUGGACGCUGAAAAACACCUGUUCAUCCCCACGAAUGUGGUGUCGUGGGACAACCAAGCGGCACUUUUUAAACAAGCAUACGACUGGUCAGGAGGACGGAUCGACUUCUUCGCCGCCAAUGCCGGCAUAGCAGAAAAAGACCAUAUCACCAUGGGUUUUCUAGGGCAGGGUUGGGACCUGGAAGCCGAGCCGCCGAAGCCAGACCUUCUUGCCCUCGAAGUCGACGAAAUUGCUGUCUUCUACGGCUUGAGAUUAUUCGUGCACUACGCCCGGAAAACAAAAUCGGCACUAAGGGCAUCUUCAACCCCUUUCAACCCGAAAGUCGUCAUGACCGCGUCGACCGCAGGAAUCUACCCUUUCCCUCUCGUGCCAGCAUACGCCGCAGCGAAACACGCGGUCGUCGGCCUGGCCCGCAGUGUAGGGCUACCGCUGAUGGCCACCGACGGCAUCGCCGUGAAUUGCAUAUGCCCGGGGUACGUCGACACAGGCCUGACCCCGAAUGAACUCACCGUUCUCUGGCCCGCGGGAAAUAUCACGCCGAUCAGCACACUGGUGCGAGCAUACGACGAACUUAUAUCCGACACCGGCACCGUCGUUCAAGACGGCAAGAGCGACGGGAAAGACGGCCAGGUCAAGGCGGGUCAGAGUGUCGAGUGCUCCGUCGAUAGGCUCUUCUACCGCGACCCGGUCCCCUAUCCGGAUGAAAGCCAGAAGUUCCUGGUCGAGCAGUCCUUCUUGCCCGAUGGUGUCUGGGCCAGGGGCAUGGCUGCUGCGCUGCAGAACGCUCGUGCUGCCGCGGCGAAGGCUUGA